AUGCCCGUACAAACGAGCCCACCAUCGCUCCCGGACUCGUUUCCGUCAUUGAUGUCCGUAUUCGGUGGCAUCGCGCCCAGGUUUCCCGAGAAGGAGGAACAUAGCGCAUCACUCAAACAUCUUGAAGUCACUCCACAUGUCACCGUCAACACGUCUCGGCGCCCGCAUCCCUUCCGGCACCGCGCGAGCGUCUCAUCAUCUGCCAACUCGGGAUCAGCCGAUUCCUCUCCUACCACCACCAUCUCGACGUUCGACUCCUCGUCGGCUACGGAUACAUCCCCUAGUUCUUCGCCCGAAUCCCCCUUGGCCAUGCCGCUUUCGUUCCCCAAAUUCAUGCCACCCACGAGCAAUUUUGAAAUCCAAUCGCAGUCUGCAGCGCAGGGCACGAUGAAUAAACCAUUGUCCGAUGCGCCGACCCCAGCGCGUCCGGACUCCCCCGGAAGACGGGCACGGAACCUCAAGAAUCUUUCUCUGAGAAUGGCACCGCCGUCGCAUUUAUCCCGGCCACCUAUCGCGACGGCCUCGAUUGUUGAAACUACCUCGCAGCAUCAUCUUUCCGCACCCCCGUCCCCGGUGCAUCUUCCUCCCAAGAGCACCCGACGGAGACCUGCCAAUCUCACCAUUCGAACUCCGGGAUUCGACAAGUCAUUCUCCAGCAACAUCACCGAGACCGUUCCUCCGACACCUCAUACCCUUCAUUCUUUGAGACACACCGAGUCUUCGCCCUCUCUGACCUCGAUAUUCUCUCCAUCAUUUGGCCCUAAGGGCGGCAUGCAGUUGCCGCGACCAAUAACCCAUCACGGCAGCCGUCGUCCCUCCGGCGUCUCAGAAGGCAAUCUGUCGCCCCUACAGUCGGCCGUGGAAGAGGAUUCUCCCGCGGGCGGAGUUCUGCACGAACUCGAAGAGGAAGAUGACCAUCUCGAUUCGAGGGAAUCCACUCGGCGAAACGAGAGGGGUUAUCCAAACGGCCCCGUGCGGAUAUAUGACUCUGGGGUUUAUCUCUACCUGGAGCCGACAGCGCGAGAAGCCUCUCAAUUCGAUGUCGUCGUGAAUGUCGCCAAAGAGGUCGCAAAUCCCUUUGCAACUGCAAAUUCUAAGAAUGAAACCGUCAUGAGCACUUGGCGAAGUGCCUCGGUGGGCUCAAAACGAUUGUCAUGCGUGGAGCCAGCAACCGCUAUCUCAGAAAUCUCCUUCAAAUCCGCUUUGGAAUAUCCCACGGCGGAGGCAGAGUCGCCGGCAACCCCCCGCGGUGGAGACUCAUCCGGGCCCGAGUACAUUCAUGUUGGCUGGGACCACAAUUCUGAAAUUCUGGAGGAUUUGCAGCCACUUUGCGAGUUGAUCGAUUCGCGAAUUUCCGAAGGCAAGAAAGUACUCAUUCACUGCCAGCUGGGCGCCAGUCGAUCGGCCUCCUUGGUGAUCGCCUACGGUCUGUACAAGAACCGGCAUUUGGACUUCAAUUCCAUGUAUGAUAUUGUCAAGGGACGCAGUCCCUGGGUUGGACCGAACAUGAGUCUCAUCUACCAAUUGACCGAUUUCCGCUCUCGGCUGCAGCACGGAGGAGCCCCGUCCAAACCUGCACCUCGGGAGUGGUUCGUACGGGGACCACGAAGAAGCUCCGAGCCCCAAGCUUCUCUCUCCACGAAGGCGGACUCAAACCCUUCGGAUUGCGGUAGUUGCAGCCCUGGUGAUUCCGUGACCGCUCUCUCGAAUUGUCCAUCGCAGACAUUGUCGAAUGCCCUCGCUGUACCUUCCACACACCCGACUACCCCGUCAUCCACCACCAGUUGGAGGUUACCCAAAUCCUUGACUCAUAAGCGCAGCCUUUCGCCCCGGCCAUUGCCUCUUCGUCAGCCAGUGGAUGCCGCUCCAUCGGGAGGGGCAAAUGAGUCGGCAGAUGUCUUCGAACGGGACUCACUUCGCGAUCCAGCCGCCAUUUUCUCUCCCCGGACAAAUCAAUUCCUGGCACCCUCUCUCGCACCUCCAUUUCCCCAUGGGUUGGAAGAGCGUAUCUCUGAUGGUCUCUGUCUCCGAACCCGGAUAGCGGACCCUCGGUCUCCUCCUCCAGGAACCGAGCGAUUGAUCAUGAGAAAUAUUGACGAAUUUCUAUAA